GAGGGAUUGAGAGAAGAAAUAGACCUUUCCCUUCCCUCGCAGCCCGACCUUUCCCUUCCCGCGCGCGGCGACUCCCGGCGGCGGCGCGGCGCAAUCUCGCACGCGCGACCCUGCCGGCGGAGCCGCACAUCCCUGCGUGCUGCUCUGCUUUCCUUCCGGCGGUGCAUCUCCGUUCGAUUGAAGCGGAGCGUGCCCUCCCUCUGCUCCAACCAACCACCAGGAGGCUUGCCUGCCUCUGUUCCGGCCGCCUGCUCCACCUUGCCUGCCUCGAGCUGUCGAAUCUGCUGGCCUGCGGCUCCGACCUGCCUUCCGUUGGGUCACGACCAAGACAAGGAAUGGCUGCUACUGAGAGUCCAGCUUCUGUCAAUGGUGAAUAUGAUCCCACUACUGAUAAAGCUCGGAAGGCAAAGUCAAAUGACCCAGGCUGGAAGUAUGGUUAUUGGGCAAACCUUCAAGACCGAAAUGAGGUGACAUGCAUUCUUUGUGUCAACCCACAGAAGGGAGGGAUCAAAAGGCUGAAGCAGCAUCUCGCAGGUGGCUAUGCUGAUGCCAAAUUGUGCGAGAGUAAAAGACUCACUACUGCAAUCAGAAAGGAAAUGAGAGAUUACUUGGAACAAAACAAGAGAAAGAGGCCAUUGUUCCAAGAUGAAGGAGAACAAGCACCGAAUGUGGUGGAGGUGGUAGAUGUCGAGGCUGACGCCUCAGUUAUUCAUCAUCCAAGUUCAAGGACAGCAGCCAAACAAAGGCGUGCAACUUAUCAAUUUACUGCAGCAAAGACCAAGGCAGCACCAAAGGCAGCAGCAAAGACGAACAAGACAGUUGCUGAGAUGCUUCGAAAGACACCCGAAGAGUUGGUUGAAGAAAGAUAUUCAAAGAGCUAUCAACCCACAAUAGAGGCCAGCACAAAGACAAAGGAGGAAAAGGAAUAUGUGGAUCUGCAGUGGGCUUUAUUGUUUUAUGAAUGUCAAUGUUUUCCUAAACGGUAAACGCUAAACGAACGGCGACGCUCUGUUUAGCGUUUAGGCUGUUUAAACGCCGUUUAAACGGGCUAAACGGUAUGGUACUGUAGCAUGAUUUCCAGCAAAAUAAAUAACCAUUUGUGGCAUAAA